CGGAUGCCCACCGCUGUCUUCUCAACCCCCCUCCCCCAAUUGAAUUAAGACGAGGAUCUUGUCGCUGCAUCUCCCAUUCCUACCUUAACGCCAAUUAUACUAUCGCAACUGUUACUCUAGCCUGAAGAAAGCUCAAAGUCCCACUUCGCUGCGUUGGCGCCGUCGACAAAAACAAUAGCCCACCACUCUUAUACCUCACCACCCAACACCCGCAUCGAUUUUUCCUCUUCUUGCCUGCGCAUACAGCGGUGAGGCACCAACGACGCCGAACACGUACUAGGAACUAUCUGUGUGGUAUCUCUCCACGAGAGAUCCGAUUGAAAUUCAGGAAGAUGGCCGAUACCGAACCUAAGGACGUCGUGGUGCAAGAGGAGGGCACGCAGGAGGCGUCUGGAACCGAGACCGCCGGCGAGGAGACGACGGGGCUGGUUUCGGAGGUCGAGACGGAGACCGAGAAGGAGACCCCAAGCCCGAGAAAGGUUGCGGUCAAGAAGGACAGUGUUGUGCCAAAGCGCGCUGCUGUCCCGGCGAAGCGCCUAGGAUCCUCGGCGACCUCGAGCACGAAGUCGGCUACAACUACUACGUCGACUGCGAAGACGACUCCAACAUCGUCUGUCUCGCGUACCACGACUGGCGGACUGAGCAAGCCACCUACAAGACCAGUGGCUGGAUCUAUCGCCAGAAAGCCAGCGACCAGCGCGACGGGAGCGACAUCGUCGAGUGCUGCUUCGCAUAGGUCCGCCUCGUCGGUUGACGAGAAGAAGCCAAUAGCUGGAACCGCGAGACGAUCAUCCAUACUCCCAUCGAGCAGCUCGGCAAGCAGGACUACACCAACCACCGCUGCUGCGGCUCGCAAGCCCGCUGUAUCUACCACCUCGACCCCACCAAAGCCAACUACGAGGGCCGUUACUUCGACAACCCCAAAAAGCACAGCUUCGAAUGGCUCCGUGACUGGCCGCUUGGCAUCGACGACUGCUAAGCCAGCCGCUACUGUUGCUACGACGGCAGGAAGGAGAAUCUCGAAUAUCGCUGGCUCCAUCACAGGCUCAACAAGUCGAACUGCCGCUUCUGCAGCCGCUGCCAAGGAGUCUGAGGACCUGAAGGCCAAGCUCCAGGAGAGCGAAGCCAAGGUCGAGGAGCUCAAGGCCGAAGUCGCUGCUUCCCAAGAGAAGCUGGCCGACUUGAGCAAGCAGAUCGAAGAAGAGGCCGCUCGCGUCUCCGCUGCCGAAGAGGGCAUCCGUAAGGAGCAUACCGAGCUGGUCGAGAAGACCCGCGACUCCCACAAGUCGGAUGUUCAGACCCUCGAGGCGCAACUCGUUGAGCUUGAGACGUCAUACAACGCCAAGCUCGAUGCUUCCAACGCAACCGCUGUCGAGUCUGCCGAGGCCCUCGAGAAGAAGCACACCGAGCAUACAGCCGCAUUAGCUGCGCUCGAGGCUGAGCUUCAAACUGCCAAGGAUUCGCACGCCAGCACUGUCGCUGCCAAGGAAGCGGAUAUCGAGGCGGCGAAGGCUGAUGCUGAGAAGGCUCAGGGAGAGGCCAAGGCCUUGAACGAGACUUUGGAUUCGUUGAAGUCUGAGCACGAGGCUAAGUCUAAGGAGGUCGAGGGUACCAUUGCUACCCAGAACGCCGAACAUGCAUCGGCAUUGGAAGAGCUGAAGACAGCCCUCAAGUCGCUCACCGAUGAGCACGAGGCUACUAUCUCGGCAUUGAAGCUCUCUCACCAGGAAGCUUUGGAUAAGGGAACUAGCGAUGCUAGCACGUCGCAUUCCGAAGAGCUCAAGGCCCUCGCCGACAAGCACGAGGAGGCGCAAGCAAGUCUCCAGAAGGAGCUCGACACCGCUGUUGCAUCUCACGCUAGCGUUGGCGCUGAGUUGACCUCCGCCAAAUCGGCACACGAUGAGGACAAGGCAGCCCUUUCUGCCGAGCUAGCUGCCCUGAAGGAGAAGCUUGCCACCGCAGAGAAGGAUCUUGCUGAGUUGUCGGAGAAAUUCGAAGCCGCGCAAGCUAAGAUUGCCGAAAGCGAGGCAGCAUUGACCAAGGCCAAUGGCGAGGUUGCGAACAUUCAAGCGGAGGUCCUGUCGCUCCAAAAGAUGAUGGAUACCGUCGACGAGGCUAGCAAGAGCAGCGACGAGGCGCACAAGAAGGAGCUUGCUUCCCUGACGAAGACUCUGGAGGAGAAGACGAAGGAGAUCUCUUCCAUCAACGAGAAGCACAUCAAGGAGCUGGAGUCGAUUUCCAAGGACUACCAGAAGGAGAUCGACGCUCUGGAGAGCCAGUCAGGCUUCAAGGACAAGUACGACGAGCUGAAUGUCCAGCACGAGGAGCUUGUUAAGUCUCACGAUGCCGCGGUCGAGGCUCACACUUCGGAGUUGGAGAAGCUGAGAACCGAUCACGGCAGUGCCGUUGAUGCGCUCAAGGCCGCCGAGGCCGCGCACGAGACCGCUGUUGCCGACUUGAAGACCUCGCACUCCAAGGAGUUGGGCGAGGUGACUGAGCGUGCUGUCUCUGGUGACUCUAACCACGCUGCUGAGCUUGAGAAGAUCCACUCUACCCACAGCGCCGCUCUUCUGUCGUUGACGGACGAGCACGUAACCGUCCAGUCGAGCCUUGCAGCUGAGAUUGAGAAGUACAAGGAGGCCGAGGCUGCGCUGAAGGCCGAGACUGAGAAGGUCGCCGCGCAAGCCGCGAAGAGCGAAGCUGAGAUCGAUGAGCUGAAGGUUGCCCUCGCCGAGGAGAAAUCUGCCAAGUCUGCUGCGCAGGCUGAUCUCGAUGCUGCUAUCAACAAGAAGCCGGAUACCACCGAGCUCGACGCCCUCCGUAAGGAGCAUGAUUCUCUUAAGGAGGAGCACGUGGCUCUUGUCAACAAGGCACCAGACACCACUGAAGCUGAUGCCCUCAAGGCUGAGCUCGCGACUCUGAAGGAGGAGCACACUACGCUCCUCGCCAAGGAGCCAGAUACCACCGAGCUUGAUGCUCUCCGUGUUGAGCAUGGGUCCCUCAAGGAGCAGCACGAGGCUUUGGCCAACAAGGCACCUGACACCACCGAGCUCGAUGCUCUCCGCAAGGAGCACAGCUCCCUCAAGGAGCAGCACGAGGCUUUGGCCAACAAGGCACCUGAUACCACUGAAGCUGAUGCUCUCCGCGCCGAGCUUGCAACUCUCAAGGAGCAACACGAGGCUCUUAUCAACAAGGCACCUGACACCACUGAGGUCGAUGCCCUCAAGGCUGAGCUUGCCGCCCUCAAGGAGAAGCAUGAAGCUCUCGCCAACAAGGCACCCGACACCACCGAGACCGAUGCCCUCAAGACCGAGCUCGCCUCCCUCAAGGACCAGCACGCCACCGCGCUCUCCGUCGCCCAGAAGGAGUCCGAGCAAGCGACCAAGGAGCACCUCGCCGCCAAGGAGGCGCUCGAGAAGUCCCAGGCUGACUUUGCUGAGCACAAGGCCACCGUGGAGAGCAAGGAGAAGACGAGCGAGUCGGAUUACAAGGAUAUGCAUGACUCGCUCACGCAGCUCGUUGAGGAGGCGAAUGCGAAGGCCGAGGCUGCUACCAAGAAGGCGGCUGAUGUCUCAUCGCAUGUCGCUGAGCUCGAAGCGCAGCUGAAGGUUAAGGAUGCUGAGAUUGCUGAGGCUAAGGCCACGGCAGCAGCAGCACCUGCCGCAGUAGAGAAGCCCAAGUCUGGGAUCCUGGCCAGCAAAUUCGCCGAGGACCUCGAGGAAGCUGCACCAGCCGCGGAAGGUGAGCCAGAUAACUCGUCAGCCGCGCUCGCUUCGUUGGCAGCGGCAAAGGUGAAGGUGUCGCAGCUUGAUGAGAUGAAUGAUGAGCUUAAGGAUGAGAAUUUGAGAAUGCUCAAAUCCAUCAGCGAGAUCUCGACUCUCCCCGAUGAGGUCGUUGUUUAAACACCGUCGCCAUCACUCGCAACUUGUACUCGUGUUUUCCUCUAUUUCUGUAUUUUUUUGGUCUCCAACCUCAAACUCAACUCUGUUCAUUCGAUACCCGAUCGCCGCCCUUGCCGCCUGCGGCGGCACGUUUUCCUGGCGCAAUUUUUUGCUUUUUGUGUGCGCGCGUUGGAUACCGGGUUUUUUGUGCUUUGGUUUGGAAAUUUGAAGGGUGGUUGGAAGGGCCGGUCGAGAGUGGAUGCAUGUAUGUAUGUGUAAUUACUGCUGAGGGGCCGAGAAUUAUGUGAGGGGGUGAGGAGGGUAUGUAAGGGGGGUUGUUUAUCUGUGAUGUUGUGAUGAAGGGGGUGUUAUGAUCAGAAUGGAAUUGGCACACAGAGAAAUGGACUGGAUUAAUGGCUCGUAAUUUGAUAUGGUGAAGCUCAUGAAGAGUGGGUUAGUGAGAG